CUACUGACCUGGGAUCAUAUCUGUUGUCCUCACAUUAAUCAUGUACAAACUAUCCUUAAAUGUGAGACAUGAUUUAUUAGAAUCAAUCAAGCCAAGUCCAGCUCAUUAGGCCUGGGACUUAUCCUUAACAGAACUGCUUCUCCGUUGUAGCGAAAGGAAGAGACGUGAACAACUUUAUAUCUCGAUGAGAAAAGCUCCAUGGCUGCACCCCCCGCCCUGGUUCCCACCCUCUCUGUCUGUACCCUGAAACCCCCACAAACAACCUGUCACCGACGACGUCCCGGUCCAAGACAGUCGUCUUCUAUAAAGGUCCCAAUCCAAAAUCUGAUCUUAAAGGGGAAACUCUUGCGCAAAGCACGAGAUGAUCGUGAGGAGACACGAAAGAUGUCUUAUCACAGGAAGGAGUUAAUGGAGCACAUUCCAUGCGUCCCCCCGAUGGCGCUCCAAGGCAUCUGCAUGGAUGAGAGCGGAGCGCGCUUCAAAGAUGCGCUUCGCCUCGGACUGCCCUUGCACCUGGACGCCGCGUACCUCGACCCGGUGCACGGCCAGAUGUUGCCCUACAGACGGUUGUCCUAUUUCCCCUUUCACGGACCCCUCGGCGUGUGCGAUUACUCCUUCGAGCCCGCGUUCAUCCGGAAGAGGAACGAGAGGGAGAGACACCGAGUACGCUGCGUAAACGAGGGCUACGCGCGGCUCCGGGAGCAUCUGCCGCACGAGUUCGAGGACAGGCGGCUCAGCAAAGUGGAGACUCUGCGGGCGGCCAUUGACUAUAUCAAACACCUGCACAGCCUGCUGGACUUGGACGUGUCCGGGAUGGAGAUGCCGUUUGGAGACGCACGCAUUUACGCACCGCUGCCGGAGAGGACAGAGUGCAACAGCGAUGGAGAAUCCAAGACUGGCCUCAGCGACAGUGGGGAAAUUGUAUAGCUGCCUCUGUGACAUUUUGUAUAUUCAUUAUGCAGCACUAACGUGUAAAUAAACGGCAUAACGUAAAGGUAAAACGUGUAACAACCUUAUGAAUAAAAUCUACUGCGAGAGCGUGACUCGUGCGUAUUGUCUGCCUUUAGUGGGUACAUGGAUCAUGGUUUGUUAACAUGUAGGGAGGUAGGGGACAAAAGCUUUUCUCAGACGGAUGUUAAAAGAAGCAUGAAAGCAUGAAACUUCAUUCUUGACAUUUGUAAACAUGUUUAAUGUCGUUUGAAUUCAGUUUGUUGUUUUUUCUGAUUUGCUGGUUAUGUGUGAUGAUCAUCAACGAGGUCAGUGGCUUUGGCAGUUUAUUGGGCAA